AUGGCUUCAACUGGCCUUGAGCUCCUGGGCAUGGCUCUGGCUGUGCUGGGAUGGCUGGGGACCCUCGUGACCUGCGCCCUGCCACUGUGGAAGGUGACCGCCUUCAUCGGCAACAGCAUCGUGGUGGCCCAGGUGGUGUGGGAGGGCCUGUGGAUGUCCUGCGUGGUGCAGAGCACCGGCCAGAUGCAGUGCAAGGUGUACGACUCUCUUUUGGCCCUGCCCCAGGACCUGCAGGCCGCGCGCGCCCUCUGUGUGGUCGCCCUCCUGCUGGCCCUGAUUGGCCUGCUGUUGGCCAUCACGGGUGCCCAGUGCACCACGUGUGUGGAGGAUGAAGACACCAAGGCCCGCAUCGUGCUCACCGCGGGGGUCAUCCUCCUGCUCGCAGGCAUCCUGGUGCUCAUCCCUGUCUGCUGGACGGCCCAUGCCAUAAUCCAGGACUUCUACAACCCUCUCGUGGCCGAGGCCCUCAAGCGGGAGCUGGGGGCCUCCCUCUACGUGGGCUGGGCGGCAGCUGCGCUGCUCAUGCUGGGCGGGGGGCUCCUCUGCUGCUCAUGCCCCCCAACAGUCGAGCGGCCCCGCGGACCUAGGUUGGGCUACUCCAUCCCCUCCCGCUCGGGCGCGUCUGGGCUGGACAAGCGGGACUAUGUGUGA